UUCCAAGAACUAAGAAAACAAGCUAGGCAGUUAGAAAACGAGAUUGACUUGAAAUUAGUGUCCUUCAGUAAACUAGGCACAAAUUAUAGAAGUGUCCAUGAUUAUGGAGGUUUGAGCAACUCUGUGGCUCAUAGACUACCUUACAACAAUGCUGAUUCAUCAAAAUCAAACCUCUCCUCCAUGUCAGAGGCAAUGUCCAUAGAAAUUGAACACUUACUAGCAAAUCUGACAAAAGUGAAUGACAAAAUGUCAGAAUACACACAAUCCCUGAGUAUGACGUCACAAAAUGCCACUUUAUUGCACAUGCUCCAGCGUCAUCGAGACAUUCUGCAGGAUUAUUCACAUGAGUUUCACAAGACCAAGUCGAACAUCAUGGCCGUCAAGGAGAGGGAGGAGCUGCUUGGAUCACUUUAUAGAGAUAACUCAUACAAGCCCUCCUCACAGACAGACAUGUACCUUAAGGAACAUCAACACUUAAUCAAUGCUGAAAGAUUAGUUGAUGAGCAGAUAAACAUAGCUGUCAACACGAAAGAAAACUUGCAGUCUCAGAGGGGCGCACUACAUUCUAUCAGUAACAAAGUUAACUCACUAACUAACAGAUUCCCUGUCCUGAAUAACUUGAUAGUAAAGAUCAACCUGCGCAAGAAACGUGACUCCAUCAUUCUUGCUUGCGUCAUCGGUUUCUGCAUCAUCUUCAUCAUUUGGUUCCUCUUACGCUGA